UAAUUUUGUGAUAAAAAUUUCAAGGAAAAAACACACACAGGCUCCUUCCUCCCUUCCUUCAGGGAGGGAAGAGAGUUUGAGCGGAGAGAAAAAUCUAUCCGAGACAGAGCAGGGACAGUGAGAAGAAUAUCUGAGUGGGAGAGGGAGAAGGAGGAGGAGGAGAAGGAGGGGGGAGCAAAUUAAAAGUUGCCAAAUGGAGAUAUUGGGUUUCAAGAGGAGUGAGAAGGGAGUAAAGGCUUCGCCUCUGGCCGUCGUCUUUAUGUCAGGCUAAUCUCGAUAAAUAUUUAUGCCGCGACGCACUUUGCUUAGGUCCGUUAGCAUUUUCCACCAUUCGAGCCCACGUCUGCCCAAACAGGCUGCGUCGACGGCGCGGCUAGCUAACCAGCACAGGCCGGUGUUCGCCAGCGACCGGCGCGGAGGUCUAAGCGAGCAGAACCCGCGCGGGCCGGGGAGCCGCUCCCGCGUGUUCGGGUCGCGUCGGUUCGGGCACAUCGAGCGGAAGCGGGACGUUGCGUGAGCCGCGUAGGGGACAAACAAGGGCGGACGAGCGCCGCAGCGGCGACCGGGCACCGGCUGCUCGGCGCCGCGCUGCGGCUCCACGGCGACUCUCGUUCCGUCGGUUCCGUCUAUUUUUGGGAAUAAAACCUGGGUUGAAUGUUUGCCGGUUCCCGUGAGCCACCGGCGGUAGCUCCCGCUCCCAGCCCCGGUGACGCAGCGGGUCGGCUCGCGCCGGAGCGCCCGGAGAAGACACGAAAUCCAGCCUUAAAUUGCGCAAAACGUCUAGGUUGAACAAACAAAUGCGUUGCGUUCGACGAGCGGAGCCUUAAACCAGAAUUAGCUGUUAGAUUCAUGGGUUUGAGCUCAGCGUUUAAACAUGUAAAAGCUCGUUUUGGUCGACCGUUAAAUGCAUUUAUUCAUUCGUGUGGAUUUCAGAGCUCGAGUCGAGUGUUUCGUGUAUAAAUCACGUCUGGGGCGUUUUUUAAUCAAACGUGUAGCUCAUCGCUUUAUUUCCGCUGGUAAACGUCGACUGCGUCUUUGUCCCAUUCCAGUGCCAUUAAUUUAGCCAUUACCGCCUGAAGCAUGUUCGUGCAAACGCAUUGUGUUGAGAAAGAACACGCGCAGAGUUCCACUGUGAUCACAACCACCUCCACGCGCAGGCACCGCUCUGCUGCCGUCCGUCAUUGUCCUCCCUGAAGCAAAGAUGGCGGCCGGUCGAGGCUCGGCCGUGAAGACGCGAACAGCCAUUUUGUGGCGCCACAUGCGCAGCAGCGUUUCCCCUCAUGUUGACUCACUGCAAAUAAUGGAUUAGCGCUUUGAGGAACCAGUGUUCCGACGCACAGCCUCUUACUUGGCUUAAACAUAACCGCAUUCAAACAGACCAGUACACUUUGACUGAUACGAAGCAACACAUGAGCGCAGACUGUGGGCGUGAGGCCAUUUUCAGUGUGGACACAAACCGCAGCGUCAGAGGCCGGAGCUGCGUCUGUUGGAGGAUGUGUCCGCAGUCAAACAGUCAAUAACACGUUCCCUUGUUCUGCAUCCCCUCCUUUCCACCGCCCUGUGUCAAAGCCAGACCCACUCCUGUUGUGUCCCUGCAGCCGGGCCGGCACCAGGAGCCCGGGGUGUUCAAUGACUGAACCCAUGCGUCCUGCUGGAAACCUGUGAGUGGGACGUCCUCACUACUGUAGUAUGUGUGUCAUGGACGAUGAGGACGACCGCCGUCUUCUGGAUAUUUUAGGAGAUGUGGAUGCAUUGAAUGAUUAUCUCCAUGGCAACAAUAGCAAGUCUAUUGAGGAGGAUGAUGUGACAAAUGCAGCUUAUGGAUCAGAUGGAUCCUUCUUUGGCAGUGACGCGGUCGGACCCAAGGAUGGCUCUUCUUCCAUGGGCGACUUCUGCGAGGACUCAGCCGGGGCCGGCCUCCAGCUUUCCAGCAGCCUCUCGUUCAUCGAGGAUGAACUGGGGACUGGGAACUCUCCGGGGGGCAUGGAUCUGGGGGAGGACCAGCCUUUUGACAUCCUGCAGAAGUCUCUCCUGGAGGCCGACAUCACAGAGCAGACUCUGGCCCAGGAGGCGUUACUGGAGUCCCAGCCUGCGCCCACUUUGGUGCAGGCUCCAGUUUCCUUCCCGUCCCAGCUGGUUCCUGGGAGCUAUGGGGCGGCAGCGGUAAGCACAGCGCCUGCUGCCUUCCCCACGAGCCAGUUCCUACAAGGAGUGUCCCAGCUGCCCAACGGCUCCACCCAGCACAUCCAGGUGCUGGGCUCGUUCGGGUCGGGCGGGGGCGUGAUGACUCUGAGCAGCUUGGAAAGAACUCCUCAGAUCGUCCUGAGGCCGGGGGCACCUGUAGCUGCAGCAGGUGCCCCGGCGGGGGGGCAGGUGUUUGCCCCCAACCAAGCGCAGGUGGGACAGAGCAGCUUACCCUUCAAAAACAUCCCGCUUCAAAACAUCAUCAUCCAGAGAGGCCCGGCAGGGUCCCAGGCUCUGGUCCGACCCAUCCAGCCCAAACCUCUUCAAGCGGGGGCUCAGACCGUCUACAGCCUCGGUCUCCAGCCGUCUCCCAGCACAAUGGCCAGUGUGGUCAACGCUAACGCUGCGCCCGGCGGACAGUACACGGCCAACGGCUCCAUAGUAGUGCAGCCGCCCCUGGAGCAGAAACAGGUGCCGGCAAAUUUACCCCCUGGACAGUUCUUGCUGCCGGGCUCUUUAGCGAUCACUCCCUCCACCUCCCUCCACAACGGCCCGGCUGCCUGCAGCGCCAACGCCCUCAUCACCAGUCAGAACACCGUACAAAUCGUGGCGGGCCAGAACUUCAGCGGCCCAGCAGGAGGCCAGCUGGUCCUGAACCAAGGCGUGGUCAGCGGGAGUCCGGUCGCCGGCAGCGUGACCCAGACGUGGACCGGAGUUUCUUGUGUGAGUUCUGCUCCCAUCCAGACGUCCGGCGCCUCCGGGAGGCUGACUCUGGUCAACCCGGCGCCCGGCGGGCUUAGCGGGCAGGGCCAGGCCUCGGCGAGCCCCGUGCAGCGCCUGCUGGUGACUCAGAGUCAGACCUGCACGGCUCUGUCCCCACAGGAGCAGGACUACGGACCGAAUUCCUCGUCUCCUGCUCUCACCCAGACACAGCUCGGCGGCAUCCACGUCAUGAAAACCAUGACAGCAGAGUCCGCGCCAGGCUCUCAGGUGUGCUCCCAGCAGAGGCUCGGCCCGGCGCCGCUCACGAAGGCAGGACUGGUUUUACAGCAGUUGAGGAAGGACCACGGCGCAGUUCACGCCCCCGACCGGCGCCGCUUCGUGUCAGCGGACGACGCGCUGCAGAGGCUCCUCCCCUUUCACGUGUUCCAGGGGGCUUCGCACCUCCACGAGGAGUUCUCUCAGGUGGACGAGGAAUUCGAGAUAGUUGCAACUCAGGUGCUGAACCGGACCCAGGCCAUGGUGAACAAAUACCGACGGCUGCUGAUGGUGGAGGCCGAGCGUUCCAGCCCCUCAUCUGAAAUGGUGAUGAUCGACAGGACCUUCAACCAAGAGGAGCGCAACAACCUGACGCAGGACAAACGCAUGGUUCUGGUGGAUCCAGACACCUUCCUGGAGGACUUCUGUUGUGGGGUCAAAUCCAAACGGUUCCAGGAGCCCCUCCCCUCCCAGUCCGGCUGCAGUCGGAACCAGUCCCACAGAGGCUCCACGGAGCCAGCGCACAGGACAGAACCUCCGCCUGGCUGUGUGGAUCCAGGAGGGGGCGUGGACGCGGACCCACCUCAGCCUCACUCAGAAAACAAGAGUGUGCUGGAACUGAAGCGAUCGCAGCAACGCUACGGAGCCGGCGGCAGCGCCGAUGGCAGCGGUUCCCACGGCGACGCCGGGGCGGGACAGACGCACUACCACCCCCAGCCUCCCCCCCAGCUCCCCUCCCCCCCUCACCUCGACACGGACUCGGCUCUGGAGGCGGCGGUCAACAGCAUCUUGGAAUGUUGAGGCUGACGCUGGUGUUCAUCACCUCUGCUUGUAAUAGACCCCCCCCCUCCUCACCCCCCUCACCCCCACAGGCCCAUUGUGAAGAGAGGAUGACUCUGUCAGGUGCAUAAUCUUUGCAAAACCAUCUCCAGCCUUGUAGCAUAUAUUCAGUUCCUUUAUUUGGGCAUGAUUUAGGAAUUAGACUCUAUCCGGACCAACACCGGCACUUAGAACGAUCCGGGAACGUGUGCAAUGGAACAGACUAACGCAUGGAAGACGACUGACGUGAUUUCACAUAGUAGCUUGAAUUCGAGUGUUCCUCUCUUCACACUCUCAUAUCUGUACUCUCUGUGCCAGUCGACUGCCCCACUGCCUUUGUUGCCCCACGGGGUGAGGAGGGUCACGAUGACGAAUCUGUGCCUCGGUUCUUAUUUAAGGUGUCGAAUGAAGAAGCUCUGUUGACUCGUGUCCUCUGACUCCGACGAGCUCGGCGCCGACACAUGCUUUUGUACCGUGUGUCUAAUGGUUGACGGGUGAAGCUCAGUCAAGUAGUCACGUAGACAAAUUGCACUAAACAUACUCUUGCUUUUUUCAGGAACUAUAUAAAUGUGUGACUCUUGUUGUACGCUAGGAUGAACAGAAUGUGAAGUUUGGAUCCGAACCAGAACCAAAAGCUCCUCACCUGCUUUCAGCUGCCUGCAACAAUGACAGCCUCUUGUCGCUGCAGACACCAGUCAGACCAGUCCCGUAGGUCACGAAGCAGUUACUGGAUGCUCUUGUCCUUGUGUUGAAGUCACAUUUUCGUUUGCAUCUUUCUUUUGUACCUUAAAGGUACGCAACCCCCCACGGACUCAGGACACGCGCAGCCUCCACCACUUUAUCAUUUGGCUGCGAUCGUGUCAGGGGAGUCAAGUCCUCAGAUUGAGGAAGGUGUUACGUGUUUGUUUAGGUUUUAGAAAUGACAGUGAGGACGGCUGUUGUGUUCGUAGUGAUGAAGUGUGAACCGCCUGUGAUGGUCACUGAUUGUACGUUUGUCGGCCUUCUGCAUAGCUACUUAUAGAUCGUAUCUUAUUUAAGGUGGGUGUUGGUCUUCACACGCUCCAGAACCACGUGCUCCUCUGUGUUCAGUCACACCCCACCAUCCUUUCUGUCCGUCAAGCAUUUCCUCUCAGCAGCACAACCAAAACUACGAGCGUGGCUGCAUCCAGAAUCUGCGAGCGCUGAAGCUCAGCUCCCUGAACCUUCAGACCCGUGCGUCCGAACCAGGAAAGAGCAGGUUUUUAACCCACAGACAUCCGCACUGUGGUUUAAACAGGAAAAGGACCACAGCUCAGCUUCAGCGCCGGCUGAUUGUGGCCGGUGCCGCCUUUCUCUUCUAAUUAUGUGACAUGCGCCCAACUGAAGGGAGCAUGUGUCCACUGGGAGAACUGGGCCCUUCACUUCUCGAGCGGCUUCAAGGUUUUGUGCCUCCACAGCACUGAGUCAGGACGAGCAGGCAGCGGCACGUCCGUGUCUGAGCCCGCUAGCAAACUGUGCUAAUGUCGUCCUGCUUUGAUCUCAGAUUCAGAUUUCCAUUCUUCUGCCUUCAUCUCCACUGCUUUUUGGUUUCUCACUCGAUUUGUAUGAUUGUGGUUUUUGUAUAAAAUGAAAAGUUGAAACACAAUAUUUAUAAUUUUUGUAUGAAGAAAAAAAAGGAAUGUACAAAAAAAAAGACAACAACACACGCACAUGUGGCCAAGAAGUGGCAUCAGGAAACGUCAGAACACAACUGCUGUCGUUCCUUCAUUUGUAGCUAACGUGAGUUCACUACAGCAGCAAAGAGUCAAAUAAAUUCAUUUUGAAUACGACAAA